GGAGUCCGGAGGAGAGAGGGAGCGCGCACUCACACACAGCGAGAGAGAGACGAGCAGAGGAGGCAGUGCCACUGACACGAGUGGAGGGACCCGUGGUUAGUUUCCACCACCUCUCACUUCUCGCAGCUCAACCUGCGGCCGUGUUCUAUCUGGAGACCGGGACUCAGACACCGGGACUAUACCCGCCUAUACCCGCACCUUUCCUGGGGAUUUUUUUUUUUUGGGACUCCUUUGACUGAUCCGCGGAUCCAGUGGUGGAGGAGAUUUGUGGUGGCGGGGGGAAGAGAGGAGUUUUCACCGUUCCCCACCGUGCGGAGCGAGGGAGUUUUUCGUGCGUGUUUAUGUGUUUUACGCGCCGCUUGCACUAAUGGGGAAAAGUGGACAGAGAAGUGGAAUAGGACGCGAGCGCUGCGGCUCGGCGAGGAUGUGCGCCGCCGCGCCGGGGAUCCUGCUCCUCCUGGUGCUCGCACGGCCAGGAGUCGGACAAGUGAGAGACGAGGACGACUUCUUGAGUCUGAGCGAGCUCCCGGAGACCUUCCCCUCCGACCCGCCGGAGCCCUUACCUCACUUCCUGUUUGAGCCCGAGGAAGGCUACAUUGUCAAGAACAAGCCCGUCAAUCUUUACUGCAAAGCAACACCCGCCACACAGAUUUACUUCAAGUGCAACAGUGAGUGGGUCCAUCAGAAGGACCACACUGUGGAGGAGAGGGUGGACGAGAACUCAGGUCUGGUGGUGAGAGAAGCCAGUAUAGAAAUAACGCGGCAGCAGGUGGAAGAGCUGUUCGGUCCUGAAGAUUACUGGUGUCAGUGUGUGGCCUGGAGCUCUGCUGGAACCACCAAGAGUCGCAAGGCGCAUGUCCGCAUCGCAUACUUGAAGAAGUCGUUUGAACAGGAACCCCUGGGUAAGGAAGUAUCUCUGGAGCAGGAGGUGCUGUUGCAGUGUCGUCCUCCGGGGGGCAUACCAGCUGCUGAGGUGGAGUGGUUGAAGAAUGAGGAGAUCAUUGACCCUGCGGAGGACAGAAACUUCUACAUCACCAUCGACCACAACCUGAUCAUCAAACAGGCGCGGCUCUCCGACACCGCCAACUACACGUGCGUGGCUAAGAACAUAGUGGCGAAGAGAAGAAGCACGACGGCGACUGUAAUCGUUUACGUGAGCGGUGGUUGGUCAACGUGGACGGAGUGGUCGGUGUGUAACAGCCGUUGCGGUCGAGGCUUCCAGAAACGAACCCGGAGCUGCACCAAUCCCGCCCCUCUCAACGGCGGACUGCCCUGUGACGGACAGGCCAUCCAGAAACUGUCCUGCACCACACUGUGCACCGUGGACGGUGUGUGGACCGAAUGGAGUAAGUGGUCACCCUGUGGGACAGAGUGCACCCAGUGGAGGAGGAGGGAGUGCAACAACCCAGCCCCUAAGAACGGAGGGAAGGACUGCGACGGGCUCGUGCUCCUGUCCCAGAACUGCACCGACGGACUCUGUAUGCAAAGUUCAUUGUUUCAGAAGUCCACUGAGUCCAAAGAAAAGAGUGAUUUGGGAAUCCCAUCGGCUCCGAGCACGGAUGACGUGGCCCUGUACGUGGGCAUCGUCAUCGCGGUGAUCAUGUGCCUGGUCAUCUCUGUCAUCGUGGCGCUCUUUGUCUACCGCAAGACCCACCGUGACUUCGACUCGGUCAUCAUCGACACCUCGGCUCUCAACGGAGGCUUCCAGUCCGUCAACAUCAAAACAGCCAGAUCAGCUGAUCUCCUGACAGUUCCUCCCGACUUGACAAAUGCGGCCGCCAUGUAUCGUGGUCCCGUCUACGCCCUCCACGAUGUUUCAGAUAAAAUCCCGAUGACCAACUCCCCGCUCUUGGACCCGCUUCCCAACUUGAAAAUCAAAGUCUACAACUCGUCUGGCCUGGUCACACCGCAGGACGACCUCGGAGGAGACUUCACGUCCAAACUGUCUCCCAAGGUCACUCAGUCUCUGUUGGACCACAGUGACACCAUGAACCUCCGCAACCAGACCUUAGCCCGAACACGAGACCCCUCCUGCACGGCUCACGGGUCCUUCAACAACCAGGGGGGACACCUCAUCGUGCCCAACUCUGGUGUGAGUUUGUUGGUUCCAGCGGGGGCCGUUCCUCAUGGUCGGGUGUACGAGAUGUAUGUGACUGUGCACAGGAAGGACAGCUUGAGACCUCCGGUAGAAGACAUCCAGACGGUGCUGAGCCCAGUGGUGAGUUGUGGGCCACCAGGGGCCCUGCUGACCAGACCGGUGAUCCUCACCAUACACCACUGUGCCGACGAUGUCCAUGAAGACUGGCUCAUACAGCUAAAGAACCAACUGGCCAUGGGAGAAUGGGAGGACGUGGUCGUGGUGGGAGAGGAAAACUUCACCACCCCCUGCUACGUGCAGAUGGACUUGGAGGCAUGUCACAUCUUAACAGAGACACUGGGGACGUACUGCCUUGUGGGCCAGUCAAUCGGCAAGGCGGCCGCCAAGAGGCUCAAACUGGCUCUUUUUGGACCCGUCUCGUGCACAACGAUGGACUAUCACAUCCGGGUGUACUGUCUGGACGACACACAGGAUGCACUCAAGGAGGUUCUUCAGAUGGAGACCCAGAUGGGAGGGAAGCUCCUGGACGAGCCAAAGACUCUGAACUUUAAAGACAGCACACACAACCUGAGACUGUCCAUCCACGACGUGCCACACACACACUGGAAGAGCAAGCUCCUCGCAAAGUAUCAGGAGAUCCCGUUCUACCAGGUGUGGAGCAGCAGUCAGAGAACUCUUCACUGCACCUUCACCCUGGAGCGACUGAGCUCAGCCACCACGGAGAUGAGCUGCAAACUGUGUGUACGGCAGGUGGAGGGAGAAGGGCAGAUCUUUCAGCUCAGCAACACUUUGGAGGAGGACCUCCAGUGCAUAGACACGUCCCUGAUGGACCCUGCCAGUAAUAUCACAACCUUAGUGGGGCCUAAUGCCUUCCGCAUCCCUUUAUCCAUCAGACAGAAGCUGUGCGGCAGUCUGGACGCACCGCAGACCAGAGGCAACGACUGGAGGAUGCUGGCCCACAAACUUAGACUUGACAGGUACCUGAACUACUUUGCCACCAAGUCCAGCCCGACAGGUGUGAUCCUGGAUCUGUGGGAGGCCCAGCACUUCCCCGACGGAGACCUAAACGAACUGGCCGCGGUGCUGGAGGAGAUGGGUCGCCAUGACAGCAGCCUUGCCUCCAUGACAAUGGACCAUUGACAGAGCAAAGAGGUUUCCAAGACAGUGACAGAACGCUGAAGACGAUUUACUUGUGGAUUCUCUACGGUUGAUGCUGCAGCAAAGGCAAUGAACGACUUUGACGUGAGCAAAAAGAAAAAAGUUGUUGCCACGGUGACUGAGCACCAGUUAAAUACGACGGUAAUCAUGCCGACAUGGUAACAGACAGGAUGAAAGUGGGGCUGGAACUAUGUGCAAAUCUUUACAUGUGUGUUUACAUGUGUGACUUAAGGAGAGAGAACCCGACCUACCACACACACACACACACACACACACAGUCUAUCAGGAACAAACAAUACACACACGCCUGAAAAAAAGACCUUGUCUUGUGUAACACCAGUUGUUCUCUUGCUGUUAUUUUAUACUGAACAAAGACGAGCAGAGAAAAGAAAAAAAAAUCAACUGAGGCACUGACCUUGAAAAAAAAGCCCUCUAUAGGAAAGGAACAGAAUCAUGAAGCGAGAGAAGAGAACUGAUUACAGAAGAUUGGGGGGAAAGGUAGAUUGAGGUAAGAGAGAAAGUGAGUUAGAGACUCUUCAUUAGGACGAGGGAAGCUAAACUGAUUACAAAAGGACAGGAAGACGUAAACAGAGAAUGAUGGGAGGGAGGGUCAGGUGAUCAUGGGAGAGAACGGGAUGGAGAAGAGAUAACGAGAGAGGAGAUGAAGAAGCGAUCCCACUCCUCUCCUGUUGAGCCUUGGCUGUACGUGUUCGCCAGUACAGUUUGUCGUCUUUAUAUCGUUUCCUAGGGAACGCUCAAUGUAUUCUGCUGUCCAUAUGUGUGGAUCAUUACCUGCAAACAGAAUUCUCUACACGGUGACGUGAUUUGUCAAUCAAGGGGUCCUGACCAGAAACAAGCCGGAGACGACAGGUCGCUCAGUUUAGGGGACACGGCAUCAUGAGUGAUGUUUCAAUUAUUUGUGGCGUUUUCCCAAAAAAUAAAAAUGUUAGCGUUCAGGUUAGUGACAGGCAGCCCAGCUUGUUGCCCUCUUGCCUUUUCACUUGUACAUCUAACUUUCCUAAAAAAGGAAGCCAGUCCAAAGAUGAUUAUUCUCCUGAUGGAUGCCAGUUUGCCAUUUUAUAUGUGUAGCUUUGUCACACAGUCAUAAAUUUGUCUGUUUUGAGGUAUAUUUAAGAUCACACUUAUAAAUGCAGCUAUUUAUUAUAUUUAUGAACAUUAUACUGCAGCACAGUAUACAGUCCACAAAUAAUUUUAGUAUUUUAUUUUUAUAUUACAUGUUUGUUUAAAGGAGUCAACAUUGACAACAUUUUAGGAGUAUAUAUUUCAUUUUAUUUUUUUGUUCAAGAAAACUAGUUUUCCUGAGCCAAAAUAAAUAAAUCUCUGCACUUCUUCUACUUCACCACAAGAAGUUUUUUCAUAAACUGAAGCAAGGAUCUUCAUGCUGCAUCUCAAACUGAAAUAGUGUUAACAUGCAGUCUGCAGCGACACUGCUGAUGUGGACGAGUUGUUUGCUAAUGCAGGUCGGGGGAUUCCUGCCAUCGAUACCACAUUUGCUUAUCUUUUACUCCCGGAUUCUUUCUGAGGAGCUGCUGGGGCUUGUUUCUGGUCGGGAUCCAACUCAGAGGGAAAAGGGAGAAGGAGCAAAAAGGGACGAACCAGACGUGUGUUUCUAAAUACAGUAAUAUACCAUAGUAUUGAGUGAUAGGGAUUUAAAUCAUUCAUUACCGCUUAAUGUACCCAAUUAUACUGAUUUUAUCAUAAUUUCAUUUACUAAAUAUAUAUAUAUAUAUAGUCUACGUAUAUAUAUAUAUAUAUUUCCAGUGUCCUAUCAUCACAGUCUGCCAUCAGGCCACAUGUGAGCAACACCAUGACUUUGCUGGUCACUAGCACCACCCAGUGGCCUUUGAGGAAAAACAAGCAUUUACUUUUUUGUUUGACCGUCUGAAACGUGUAAAUACAUGAUUAUCAUGUUCAUCCUAACGACCUUGUAUUACCAUAGUAUGUUUUUGUUUUUCUGUGAUCAUUAUUAUGUUAUUAACAUUAAUUAUCCUUUUAGUCUUUUGAAUGUGUUUUUUUUUAUAGAUGUGAACUGUGUGAGGGAAGAGAUCUGUAUCAUAUCAGUUAGUUCUGUCUCAAAUGUUCUGUCAGCAACUAACAUUCCAGGUCAUUGUGUAUUUGUUUCAAAUCAGAACUUUAAAAAAUCAAAUAACAACAAAGGGGGUGGGGGGGGGUCUAUGUACAAUGGAGUGUAAUAUAUUUGUACUUUGCAGAACAACGUUGUGAACCAAGGCUGCCACUGACCCCGGACAAUAACGCCUGAUGAAAAGGUGUCACUCCACUAAAAAUGAAAAACAGCCUUAUCUCAGUGGCUUUCGAUUCAUUGUGUGAUGCCCCUGGGGACACGAACUCUAUUCACCGCGUUAAGGACGACGAGAACGAUCGGUUCAAAGGAAAUACGUGUAAAAUGUUUUUGGGGAAAAAAAGGGAGUUUAGAUAUUCUACGGAGAGACGCCAUAUGAAACUGAACAUCAGGUAUGUAGAGGAGAUACUGAGGAGGAUCUUGUGGAGAAAUCCAAGUAGGCAGAGGCUCCAUUAACACUGGUGCAAAAGGUCAGAUCUUUACCUGGUUCUGACACAUUUCAUCCAUCCAACGCCGGAGGAGGAAACCCUGAGACAUUGAUUUUCUUUUUUUUUUAUUCACAUAGAUUUUUCUUCCUUUGUUUAGUUGCUUAGAAAUGUGCGUCGAGGUAAGAAUCAGACUACUUGUACCAGGUCGAGUGUUUGGAUUGCGGACAGCCUCAUGAACCAAAUCUGAAAACGGAGUGCAGUUAAAUGAUGGAGUGGAUGUUUUGUGUGUUUUUUCAAAUGUAACUGCUGAUGUCAGAUGUUGAGGAGAUCAAAGGGAAGAGUUGUGUGAGUUUUAUGAGGAUAAAAAGCCUAAAAAACAUCAACCCAUCAAUUCAAGUUUGUUUUCGCAGUGAAAAAAAAAAACUAAAACAUGAACCCAAAGGUAAUCGCAGUGUCGCUUUCAUCAUCAACAUCCCUGAUUAACUCGAAAGGCAGAAGUCACAGUCAUGAGAUGGAGUUUUUCACUGAGGAAACGUGUUCAAGGAAACGACCGAUGAAGGGAAGUUUGAUCUUUGCCGCGUCGAAGGGGUUUUCCCGUGAGAAGAGAACGUGUGAUCCACCAUGAUGUGAAGAAAGUAGUGUUAAGAUAUCAAACUAUGUACAAAUCUUUUCUAUCCACAGUAUGUACAGUUGUGUACUGUCCGCUAUAUUUGGCAAAACUUCAGAAUAUAAAAAAGAGCAGUACAGUUAGAUACUAGUUUGUAUGUUUUUAUUUAAGUUUCUUUCCUUUUUUGUAAAAGCGGUGUCUACUAUGCAAACUUGGCAUUGGUUAUCAUGAUAGAAGUCUAUAACUAGAGCUGUUCUUGUAAGUGCAUCUUUAUUUUACUAUCAGGAGUGACUUUGAUUUGAUUAGUGCGGGGUAGUGUUGGUGCAUUUUAUGUAAUUCUGGCACGCUUUCAUGAAUCUUGCUAAAUUUUGCUGAAUGCUUGCCUCUCUAUCUCCUCUAAUUGUUUUCUGUACAAAGUGUAAGAAAGAAUUUUUAAAACAAUUAAUAAAUUAUAUUUAUAAGCAAUGCUGAAA